AUGAACUAUUUUCUUGGACUUAAAAAGAAACUGAAGGAUGGCAUCUUCAUUAACCAAUCAAAGUACUGCAAAGAGUUGUUGAAAAGAUUCGACAUGGAUAGUUGCAAGGCAAUAUCUACACCAAUGGGAUUCGGAUCUUAUGUUGAUCAAGAUGAAUCAGGUGUUUCGGUUGACAUCACAAAGUAUCGAGCCAAUCCAAAGGAAUCACAUCUCACCGCUAUUAAGAAGAUCAUGAAGUAUAUCAAGGGAACAACAAAUUUCGGCCUAUGGUAUCCUAAAGGUGGUAUUUGCAAUUUAGUUGGUUAUUCUGACGCUGAUUAUGCAGGAAGUAAAACUGAUCGAAAAAUCACUAGUGGUACAUGUCAUAUUCUUGGAAAUGCAUUAGUAUCAUGGGCUUGCAAGAAACAAGCAUGUGUUGCUCUUAGCACUGCUGAAGCGGAAUACAUAGCAGCAGGUAGUUGCUGUGCUCAAAUACUUUGGCUUAAGCAACAACUUCGUGACUACAAACUCGAUCUUUGA